AUGGUCAAACUGCAAGCCGCGACUGAUCGCGCUCCAGAGGUCGUGCGAAGGAAGCGCAAACACCAGCCAACGACCGAGCAAAACGACAACGACUCGUCAAAUACAGAUGUCGCAUCCAGCACGGUUCCUACCAAGACGCACGAUGGUGGAAAGAAACCGCGACGAACGAAGAGAGACGCAGAUCACCCGGCUCUGCAGCGAAACAACUCGUCCAAUGUCGUCGAGACAUCGAUUCCGUGGCCACCAGAGUUCACGCAGCUAGCACAGACGCACAAAGCCUUAAACCUCGUCUACACCUUCUGCUGCACCCGCAAGCACUUCGCCACUACGAUUGAGAACCUUCGAAGCACAGUCGAAGCGAACAUCAAGCGAGAACUGAAGGUGGAAGAUGUGGCCAAGAUAAAGUUGCUGGUACCGCUUGCAGUUAAUUUCUUGUAUGUUGAUGAGACAUUGCUGGAGGUGGCACUCAUGGGCGAGGAAGAUCUGCGAAAGGGUAAAGCGACUGGAGAUAUCUUUGCGGAGAUGCCUGCCGAAGUACGCAACGUCAAGGAAGGCAUUGGCAGAGAAGAACAUCAAGAGGUACUCUUCUUCGAGUUUGUGGACGGGGAGCUCAAGAGGCAGGUACAAGACCCAAAGACGGGCGAGGCCGUGAACCCUCACACUAAGAUCAGGAAUGAAGAUUUGAAGAUGCCUGUAUUCAGUCAGAAGAACAUGAUGAAGUUGAUCGAAAAGAGAAAUACGAAGUUCGCGUCGGCAAUCAAUGCGUGGUUGAACGAAUGUACGGAUCAAGGAGUUGACCCUGUACAGCGUCUCGAAGAGGAGCAUAAGCAAUACAUUCCCAGGCCGACGGAAAGCAGAGGAGUUACUCCUGCACCUGAGCUAUCAAAGAGCACGCUACCAGCGAGUAUUCCAGAAGAAAGAAAAUCAGUCCCAGAGAUUGUAGAGGAACUCAAAGGCCUGGAAUGGUACACUGGACAGAUUGUGCCUGACGGUCAUCGCGUGUUUGACCCGCAACAGCCUGUCUACGGGGAGCUCAAGUUCGAGUUGAGCCAGGACCUAGUAGAUGCACUCUACAAUACUAGAAGCAUACAGCAACUGUACAGCCACCAAGCCGAAGCAAUCAACGCCCUGCAUGAAGGUCAGAAUGUCAUAGUCUCUACGUCCACAAGUUCUGGCAAGUCUCUGAUCUACCAGCUUCCUGUACUGCACGCCUUGGAAAGCGAGCCUCACACGAGAGCAAUGUACAUCUUCCCAACGAAGGCUUUGGCACAAGACCAGCGACGAAGUCUGAAGGCAAUGCUUGCAUAUCUUCCGGGUCUCGAGGACGUCGUUUGCGAGACGUUCGAUGGCGACACCGCUUUCACUGAUCGUAACUAUAUCCGCGACGAAGCACGUAUCAUCUUCACAAACCCCGAUAUGCUGCAUCUAACCAUUCUCCCUCAAGAGGAGAGCUGGCGAAGCUUUCUCAAAAACCUGCAGUACGUUGUCAUGGAUGAGCUGCAUGUAUACAACGGCCUUUUCGGUGCCCACGUCGCACUCAUAAUGCGACGUCUGAGGAGAAUAUGUGCUGCGGUCGGGAAUCGCAGAGUCAAGUUCAUCUCAUGUUCAGCUACGGUGGCCAAUCCAGAAGAGCACAUGCAAACGAUAUUCGGCAUUAACGAGGUAAAGCUCGUCGACUUUGACGGCUCGCCGUGUGGUCGGAAAGAGUUCUUGUGCUGGAACACACCAUUCAAAGAUCCAGGAGACCCCACCAGUGGACGAGGUGAUUCAUUCAUGGAAACAGCGAGACUCUUCUGUCAACUGAUCUUGCGCGGCAUCCGUGUUAUCUGUUUUUGCCGGAUUAGAAAGUACUGCGAGAUCUUGACAACUGCAAUCAAGAACGAACUCACUGCGCUGGACCGCACUGAGGUGAUGAAUCGUGUCAUGGCCUACCGAGGUGGUUACACUGCCCAAGAUCGACGCCGCAUUGAGAAAGAGAUGUUCGAGGGUAGGCUUGUAGGCAUUAUUGGUACAAGUGCUCUGGAGCUGGGUGUCGACAUCGGCAGCCUGGACUGUGUCAUCUCUCAUGGCUUCCCAUAUACGAUUGCCAACCUCCGACAGCAAUCUGGGAGAGCUGGGCGGAGAAACAGAGAUAGCCUGUCAGUUCUUGUUGGCAACUCUUUCCCAACGGACCAAUAUUUCAUGCAGAAUCCGGAUGAGAUUUUCACAAGACCGAACUGCGAACUGUCUGUCGACUUGACAAAUAUGCUGGUUCUCGAGGGUCAUAUACAGUGCGCGGCCUAUGAGAUGCCCAUCAACGCGGACGAGGAUGAUAAGUUCUUUGGCAAGCAACUUCCAGAGAUCUGUUCCGAACGGUUGCGCAAGGAUGACCUGGGCUUUUAUCAUCCUGCUGAUCGAUAUCUGCCGCAUCCAUCUAGAACUGUGGCCAUUAGAGACACCGAGGACAGUCACUUUGCCAUCGUCGACAUCACCAAUGGCAGGAAUGAGGUACUUGAAGAGCUCGAGGCCAGCCGAGCUUUCUUCACUAUCUACGAAGGCGGCAUCUUCCUGCACCAAGGUCGCAAAUACCUCGUCAAGCAUAUGAGCACGGAACGCAUGAUCGCCAAGGUCGAAUUUGUCAAAGUAGAUUGGAUCACCCAGCAAAGAGACUACACCGACAUCGAUCCUGUAGAGACCGAGGCUAUACGGCGUCUUCCUGGAUCCCUGAGCAGAGCGUUCUAUGGCACCAUCAAGAUUCAUCAGAACGUAUUCGGCUUCUUCAAGCUAGACAAAAAGAACAGAAUCCUGGAUGCGGUCCAAGUGGACAAUCCCCCCAUCGUCAUCUUCAGCAAGGGCAUGUGGCUAGACGUGCCGAAAGCCGCCGUUGAGAUUCUCAACUCGAGAAGGCUGAAUGUUGCCGCUGGAAUCCACGCAGCGGAGCAUGCUAUUCUGAGUCUCAUGCCCAACUUUGUCAUCUCCAUGCCCGGAGAUGUGAAGACGGAAUGCAAGGUCGCCAUCAAAGAGUUCGCCAAGAAGGAGACAUCGCGCAAGCGUCCUGCUAGAUUGACGUUCUACGACGACAAAGGAGGUCAGCAUGGGUCAGGCAUUGCAGCAAAGGCUUUCGAAUUUAUUGACUUGCUGCUGACGCAAGCUUGUGAGCGCGUCGAGGCGUGUCAUUGCUUAGAAGGUUGCCUCGAGUGCUGCUGUAGUGAGCGGUGCAAAGAAGCGAAUCAAGUCAUGUCGAAAGCAGGGGCUGAAGUGAUACUCAAGUCCCUGCUCAACAAGGAGAUCGACGUGGACAACUUGCCCUGGGGACCGGAAGACGAGAGAGUGCCCGCCGGGAUUGAAACGAUCAUGCUUGCAGCAGAGGUUCGACCAAGAGCAGGGAGAGUCGUCGAAGUCAUUGAAGUCAAGCGCGAGGGUGGAGGGAUGCGAAGUGUUGUUGUGGGCUCUGAGGGAGAAGUUGUUGAUCUUGAGAAUAACGAGGAUGAUCCUAUCGUCAUUAAGGAUGAGCCUAUGGAUGAUUGA